AUGAGUUCAUUAGAAGAUGUGACAAUAAAAAGUUUUGAUUAUCGUAAGAGUUUAGUAGAUGAAUUAGGUUUGGAAAUUGAUUACCCUCAUAUAGAAUCUGAAAAAUCACCACAUAUAUUAGGGUUACCAAUACUAGGGAUGUUCCAUGAAAUAAAUCCCUCUUUUCAAUCCAAAGAUAAUAAAUCAAAGCAAGUAAAAGUUACCAACGUUUUUGUUACCAAUAAACCCGAACUUGAAUCUGUAAUGAUAUUGGGUCAGCCGUGGCUUCAGGAAAAUGCAAUGAAGCUGGACUUCCCAAAUAAAACUCUUACAUUGCUCGACGGAACUGAUAUACAAUUAGUUAUUGGACCAAGAAUAUAUAUCGAUCACUUGAAUAUAAUAUUAACUGGACCUACUGAUAUUCAAAAGUUUCGAUUAGGGAUUUUGAGACAAGAGGAGAGUUCGAUAAUGGAAUAUUACACAAAAGUAAAAAAAUGUGGUAAAUUAGCUGGAUAUAAUGAAGUUCAGCUUAAAUAUCACUUCCUCCGUGGAUUGUCACCUGGUAACCAGUUAGAAGCCAGAAGAUGUGGAACAGACCUGUCAUUAGAUGAGCUGGUUGCAAAAUUAAGCGUGGUUGAGAACACCAGAAAAAUAAAUGAUAUAUGUGUCUAA